AUGUCGGAAGGAAUAAGAAGGCCUAGUAAUUCUCCUUGGAGGGCUCAAGUGCUGGUGACAUCAGGGGAGAAUCAGAAAAGGAGGAUGGUUAUAGAUUACUCUCAUACCAUAAACAGGUUCACUGAGCUUGAUGCCUACCCCCUGCCAAAUAUCGACGAGAUGGUGAACAACAUUGCACGGUACAAGGUGUUCAGUACCUUAGAUCUGAAAAGUGCUUACCAUCAGGUUGCAAUAAGAGAAGAAGAGAGACCGUACACUGCAUUUGAAGCUGGGGGCAAACUUUAUGAGUUCAGUCGCAUUCCAUUUGGAGUUGAAAAAUGGAGUCAGCUUUUUCAACGUGUGCUUGACGAAAUCCUUAAGAAAGAAAAAGUAAGUGGUAGUUUUGCUUAUGUUGACAAUGUUACUGUGUGUGGUGAGACAGAGGAGGAGCAUGACCAGAAUUUAACGGAGGUUUUGAAGGUGGCUGAGGAGUACAAUCUCACUCUAAACCACAACAAGUCUUCUCUUCGCAUGACCAUGGGAUUGCUUGCACAUUACUCAAGAUGGAUACCAAAAUUUUCAGAGAAAAUCCUCCCUCUCACACAAGCCAAUGGUUUUCCUUUGUCCACUGAAGCACUGCUAGCUCUCGGGAACUUGAAGAAAGACAUUGCUAGUGCGGUGGUAACGGCCAUUGAUCCCUCCUCUCUUUUCACUGUGGAAACGGACGCCUCUGAUCAUGCGAUAGCAGCUACUCUGACACAGAAUGAUUGCCCAGUGGCUUUCUUUUCCCGCACUCUCACUCGCAGUGAACAAGGACAUUCCUCAGUGGAAAAGGAAGCUUAUGCCAUAGUGGAGGCAUUGGGGAAGUGGAGACACUACUUAAUUGGACACCACUUCAAGCUCAUCACUGACCAACGUAGUGUAAAGUUUAUGUUUGACUCUAAAUCAAACAGUAAAAUAAAGAAUGACAAAAUAGCGAGGUUGAACUUAGAUUUCAAAGGCCCAGUUCCCUCUCAAUCUAGAAACAAGUACCUCCUCACUGUCGUGGAUGAAUUUUCAAGGUUCCCGUUUGUUUUCCCUUGUGCAGAUAUGACCACUAGAACUGUCAUCAGUUGUUUGGUGCAACUUUUUGCUUUGUUUGGCAUGCCAGCGUACAUCCACACUGACAGGGGUGCAUGUUUUAUGUCUGAAGAGCUGAAGGAUUUCCUGAUGAAGAAAGGUGUUGCUACCAGUCGCACUACACCUUAUAACCCUAAAGGGAAUGGUCAGGCUGAAAAAUAUAACGGAGUUAUAUGGAAAACUCUGACAUUAGCCCUUAAGACAAGGAACCUCGAUGUGUCUCAGUGGGAAACUGUUCUCCCAGAUGCUCUCCAUUGUAUACGCUCCUUGUUGUGCACUUCCAUGAACUGUACUCCUCAUGAGCGCCUUUUCCUGCAUAGUAGAAGGUCCACCACCGGCCAAUCGUUGCCUACUUGGCUCAUCCAAGGAGGGCCUGCUCUCCUGAGACGCCAUGUAAGAUACAACAAGAACGACCCCUUAGUGGAUGAGGUUGAAAUCGUAGAGGCGAACCCCAAGUAUGCUCAUGUGAAGCUUCCAGAUGGUAGGGUGACUACAGUUUCAUUAAGACAUCUUGCUCCUAUGGCUAGUGACAACCGUGAAAGUACAGAUGCUGGGGUUCCUGUAUCUCAGUCCGAGGUUCCUGAGGAAUUGUCAGUUGCAAAUGCUCCUCAGGAGAUUGGACGCGGUCUCUCCCAUGUGGAUAUUGCUUCUCAGCAUGACACUCUUCAGGAAUCCCAUACAGUCCCUCAACAGGUAGCCUCACCUCCUCCACUUCGAAGUAUUGGUCAAGCAUUAGCUAGCGCCACCCGUCCACAAUUUAUCCACGAUGAUGACCAUGUCUUUGGAUCCAGGUGGCUUAUGGAUCAGCUUAACAAAUUAGAUUUUUGUGUGGGCAUGGAUGAAGUAACCAAGUAUAAACAAUCUGCUAUGGCAAAUGACAUCUAUGACAAAGAAGUUAGCAAAUUAGCUGAAUCGUUUACCCAGCGGUCAGCUGACAACGUCGAUCACAACGUCAGAACCUUAAAUGGAAAGGGCUCAGUGUGA